GUGUGAUUUCGCGUGAUUCUGUAGAGGAUUCGGGUACGGGGUCGCAAGGUGCCAGGGCAUCGUUUUCUUUUAUUUUUGGUCUGUAACCUCAGCCAAUCUGCAUUUCCGAGGUUGCUGCCAUUUACCCUCUCGCCUUGUACCUCUCACUGUUUGUCCCAUGGUAUCCUGUCUCAUCUUCCUGUGACUCCUCCAUUCCCCUGUCUUUUCCCCCCCCCUCAUCAGGGUCGGAAAGAAACCUGGAUCAGGGAGCAGAACCUACGAAGACUCAAGUUUUUUUUUUUUUUUUUUUUUUUUUUUUUGAAAGAAGAUGAGCAAUUACAGCGUGACCCUCCCCGGCCCGGCCCCGUGGGGCUUCCGUCUGCAGGGGGGCAAGGACUUCAACAUGCCCCUCACCAUCUCCCGGAUUACACCAGGCAGCAAAGCGGCAUCAGGUAACCUGACCCAGGGAGACAUCAUCAUGGCGAUCGAUGGCGUCAGCACUGAGGGCCUCACCCACCUGGAGGCUCAGAACAAGAUCAAAUCUGCCACCAAGAACCUGACGCUCACCAUGCAGAGAUCAAGACGCCCUGCUCCAGUUCCUACUGCCACCCCGAGAAUGGAUUCCCCCAUGCCAGUCAUACCCCACCAGAAGGUCAUUGCCAACACUGCUGCCAACACGGAGUACAUCCCUAGCUUCAACCCCAGCGUGUUGAAGGAUUCCGCCCUGUCCACCCACAAGCCCAUUGAAGUCAAGGGUCCCGGUGGCAAAGCCACCAUCAUCCAUGCCCAGUACAACACCCCGAUCAGCAUGUACUCCCAAGAUGCCAUCAUGGAUGCCAUCGCUGGCCAGGCCCAAGCCCGAGGCAAUGAAAUGAGUGGCGAUUCCUCAGCUGUCGCCUCUCCUUUGGCCGCGCUGCCAGUGAAAGACCCUCUUGUAGACAGUGCGUCCCCUGUCUACCAGGCCGUGAUCAAGCAUGAGGAGAAGGAGUCCGAGUUGUCGGACUGGGCCCGGCGCGCAGCUAACCUGCAGUCCAAGUCCUUCCGUGUCCUGGCCCACAUCACCGGCACCGAGUACAUGCAAGACCCAGAUGAGGAAGCCCUGCGGAAAUCGAGGGAAAAGUUUGAGUCUGAGGUCAAAGGCCCACGAUUCGCAAAACUGAAAAACUGGCACCACGGUCUUUCUGCACAAAUCCUAAACGUACAGGAGUAGCUGCGGCCUGCGAGCAGCAUGGAGUCGUGGAAACCCUUGCCAAUGAACUGAAAGGCAGAGAGCAAGAGAAGGGGCAGGAGUGGAGGAGAGUGAAGUCUCUAACAAACGGAAAAGUGACUGAAGAGGGGUGGAAUAGCACAGUUAAAUGAUUAAAGGCUUCCCGAGUGCUUUCUGUUCAUCCGUUAAAUAUUUGUAGUCACCCUUCUGCAGGUGUCAUUUUUGCCAAACUCAUGUAGUUCUCUCUCUGUUUCCUUUAUUUAUUUUUUUUGCCUGUUCUGCCUAUGCAAACUCCAGAGUAAUUUGUUGCAAACAAAACAGCGUGACACUCUGAAGACCGCUGUACAUCCCCUCAUUGCUUCAAUGUGAAUAAAAGGAGCAUCACGUCAAACAA